AUGAAUGUUCAUUGCCUAUCGUGUAAGAAAAAGCAACAGAUGAGAGGGAUACAAGGAGAAGUCACAUCAACUGGUCAACCAUAUGUCAAGGGUAAAUGCUCAGUAUGUGGUCGAUCGUGUUCACAAUUUAUCAAGAAAUCGGAAAUCAGAGAAGGUGGAUUCCUGUCUGGUUUGUUCAAGAUGAUAGGUUUAGGAGUAAAAAAAAAAAUAGAUAGGAACUGGACUGAUGAUCUGGCUGAUGAGUUACACAAGCCAAAGCGUGUGAAUUUCACUAGGAGACAAGUGACUGUGAGUGAGAUUGAUGAAAUCUGGUCCGCCGAUCUCGUGGAUAUGACAGCUUUUCGUAAAUACAAUGAUGAAAUCAAAUUUUUGCUUACUGUCAUUGAUCUGUUCAGCCGAUAUGCUUGGGUUGUUCCACUCGAAUCCAAGAAAGGUGUUGACAUCCAAUCAGCAUUUCGAUCCAUCGUGAAAACUAGCAGCAGGAAACCACGUAAGCUGUGGGUUGAUCAGGGUACCGAGUUCUAUAAUCGAACGUUCAAACACUGGCUUGAUGAGAAUCAGAUCACGAUGUACAGCACUCACAACGAAGGAAAGGCUGUUGUAGUUGAGCGUUUCAACCGAACUCUGAAAACCAGGAUGUGGAAAUACUUCAGUGCUAACUCCACCAGCAGGUACAUCGAUGUCCUUCCACAUUUGGUAGAGAAGUACAACACGACAAAACACAGAGGUGUUCGGAUGACACCAACUGAGGCAUCACGGGAGAAGAACGCUGAUCGAAUCCGUGACUCACUGGGUGAGAAAUCUCCACUAUCCAGGUCCACUAAAUUCCAGAUAGAUGACCACGUCCGACUGGUGAAGCAGAAACGACAUUUCGAGAAAGGAUACACUCCGAACUGGACUGAGGAGGUAUUCAGGAUCACCGAUAUUCUCCCGACCAGACCCAAUACGUACUCUGUCAAGGACCUCGAUGGUGAACCCGUUGAUGGGUCGUUCUAUGAACAAGAGCUCCAGAAAACUACUCAAGAAAUCUACCGGAUCGAGAAAGUGCUCCGAAAGGACAACAAGAAGAAACAAGCCCUUGUGAGGUGGAAAGGCUACUCGGCAAGAUUCGACAGCUGGGUGCCGUUUGAUCAACUCAGCUGGUUGUGA